AUGGCUCAAUCCGGCCAGGACUGGCUCAUCGCUGUCGAGAGGUUCAACAAUUCGCUCCCUAGGGGUAAGGACAGCAAAGAGUUCAUCGACCUAGAUCCACAGCAGCCCCUGUCCACCGACACGAUCGAGGUCCUUGCGACAAGCAUCAGCACCCUGUACUUGGAGAGGAAACGUCGCGGACGGGUGCCACGGAUUUUACUUCGCCUAGUCACGGUAACUAGCCACGCUGUGCUCCCACUACACGGCACGGCCGCGCUCCCGUCGGACAUUGUCACGAAGCCGCUAUUGGCGCUCUCCAGGGUGCUCGAAGACGAUAGCGAAGCUGCUGAAAUCGUCGUCAAGGGUAUAGCUGUCAUCACCGAGGGUCUCUCUGGCUGGAAGUCGCAUUCGGAAGCCGUCCUGAGCUCUGAACCCGUCCAGAAAGCGAGGGUCUCUCUCUACGUUGCCAUCCUCGCCUUUAUCCAGGAAUCCAAGAUGCUGUCGUCGAAGUGGAAGAAGUUCUGUGUGUCCCGGUCCCCAGAAGCCACCUGGCCCCCAAGUAGAGGCACCCGAAGGAUGGAGCUAAUACAUCGACACGCCGCAUGA